AUGGCUAAUGGAUUUCAGGGUACAUUAAAAGAUGGACAAGAAAUAGCUGUGAAAAGGCUCUCAAAACAUUCUAGACAAGGAUUCAAUGAGUUGAAGAAUGAGGCAUGGAUGCUAUACACAGAAGGCAGGUCCAUUGAAGUGCUUGAUACAUCAGUAGGGGACUCCAGUGAUCCACAUGAAGUUGUGAGAUCAAUUCAUGUAGGUCUUUCAAGUGUGCAGCAUAACCCGGCAAAUAGACCGAGCAUGCCAGCUACAGCUGUAAUGCUGAGUGGUGAAGGGUCAUCGCCUCAACCUCAAAAACCUGGUUUUUAUAGUGAAAGGGAUCUCAAUGAACUGGAAGUCGAUCCUUCCUCUAAAGCAUUUUUAGCUAAUGCAGUCACAGUCCUUUUACACUAA